AUGGCUAGUUUAGACGAUUCCAUCAUAAUACAUCAAAACUUACAGAUACUAGAUAACGUUUCGAACUACUCGAAAGAAGCUAUAGAUUAUUUCCACUACCAAUUCAACCCUCUCGAUUUGUCCAAGAAUUCUAGUUUCUUCUUCAACAUGGACAAGAAAACAGACUUCAACAACACAUGUUCAAACCUAUUGCGUCUGCCUAACUGCGACGAGUUGAACAGUAUCGAUUACAUCUUGUAUUUCAAGAGAUUGAACUAUUGUCUCAAGAGACGUUGGAACCAAUCCAAUUUGAAGUCGUCGAAACAUUUGAAAAUAGACCCUUUGGAUAUCAAUUGGUUCAAAGAAAAUGACAUUACAAGCUUGUACGGUCCCAACCUUGUUUCGUGCGAUUUGAAGUUUAACAUUGAUUUCCCAUUGCCAAAGCAAGAGCAGAUGCCAAUGCAAAAGCAUGCCAAGAAGCACAAACAACGGAAAUGCUUGAAAUUUAAUGAUAAUGUCAAGUUGAGAUACAUGGAUCGUCACGAUAAUGUCACCGACUCGCUCAUGAUCAUCAACGAUUAUUACAACAUCGACCAUUACACAUGUUCCUCUUCCUCCUCUUCCUCCUCCUCCUCCUCCUCCUCCUCAUACUGUUAUUCCCCGUUGGAUUCUGACGAGAUGGAUACCGUCGAAGACACAGAUAUGACUUCCAUAGAAGACGAGGACGAGAAGGAUUCCAGCAUGGUCGAUCGGGAUUUGGAUAUCGAUGUCAAGAAUUACAACAGGACCAUGGAGGCACUGCAAAACAAUUACCAUGGUAAUAAUUGUAUCUAUAUAGCAUAG